AUGGUACCUGGUGGUAAGGACCCAUAUACUCCUGUAGGGAGUGCUCGCACUCCCGUUUGUGGAGUUAAGACUGCUCUGGCAGAGGCACAGAGGUCCAAUCCUGAGCUCCCUGGUGUGGCUCUGACAAGGUCUGCAAUUCGAAAGAAUUUCUCUGCGGAAAGAACUGGACAUGGCCUCUGCUGGGGUACCGUCUCUGCGAUCCCGCAGUGGUCUGGCGUGGCUGAACUUUGCCAACUUCUUCCUGUAACUAUUGACAGCAAAAAGCAUGCUCAGUCAGUAAAAAGCAACAACUACUUCCUGUCUGCCAGCUAUUUCCUCCAUUUCAUCCUGAAUAAGUGUGAUGAACCACUCAUCUCUGGGCUUUCCCAUAUGUUCUUCAGUAGCUCCUCCUCCCUGUCCAAUAGCUAUUCGCCUGGCUAUGCCAAGAUCAACAAACGAGGAGGUGCUGGGGGAUGGUCACCAUCAGACAGUGACCACUAUCAAUGGCUUCAGGUUGAUUUUGGCAAUCGGAAGCAGAUCAGUGCCAUUGCAACCCAAGGAAGGUAUAGCAGUUCUGACUGGGUGACGCAGUAUCGGAUGCUCUACAGUGACACUGGGAGAAACUGGAAACCCUAUCAUCAAGAUGGGAAUAUCUGGGCUUUUCCUGGAAAUGUCAAUUCUGACAGUGUGGUCCGACAUGACCUGCAACAUGCCAUUGUUGCCCGUUAUGUCCGCAUCGUGCCCCUGGACUGGAACGAAGAAGGCCACAUAGGGCUGCGUGCAGAAGUCUACGGCUGCUCUUACUGGGCUGAUGUUAUCAACUUUGAUGGCCAUGUUGUGUUACCGUACCGCUUCAGAAACAAGAAGAUGAAAACACUCAAAGAUGUCAUUGCUUUGAAAUUCAAGACCUCGGAAAGUGAAGGAGUACUCUUGCACGGUGAAGGGCAGCAAGGGGAUUACAUAACGUUGGAACUGAAAAAAGCCAAGCUGGUCCUCAGUUUAAACCUAGGAAGCAACCAGCUUGGCCCCAUCUAUGGCCACACAUCCGUGACAUCAGGAAGCCUACUGGAUGAUCACCACUGGCACUCUGUGCUCAUUGAGCGCCAGGGACGGAGCAUUAACCUGACAUUGGACAGGAGCAUGCAGCAUUUCCGCACCAAUGGAGAGUUUGACUACCUGGACUUGGAUUAUGAGAUAACAUUUGGAGGCAUACCUUUCUCUGGAAAGCCAAGUUCCAAUAAUCGGAAGAAUUUUAAGGGUUGCAUGGAAAGCGUUAACUACAAUGGCGUCAACAUCACUGAUCUCGCCCGGAGGAAGAAAUUAGAGCCAUCAAAUGUGGGGAAUCUGAGUUUCUCUUGUGUGGAACCCUACACAGUACCAGUCUUCUUCAAUGCUACAAGCUACCUGGAGGUGCCUGGCAGACUUAAUCAGGACCUGUUCUCGGUCAGUUUCCAGUUCAGGACAUGGAAUCCCAGUGGUCUCCUGCUCUUCAGUCAAUUUGCAGAUAACUUAGGCAAUGUGGAGAUUGACCUUGUGGAGAGCAAAGUGAGCGUCCACAUCAACACCACACAGAGCAAGACAAGCCAAAUCGACAUCUCCUCAGGCUCUGGGCUGAAUGAUGGGCAGUGGCAUGAGGUUCGCUUCCUGGCCAAGGAAAACUUUGCAGUUCUCACCAUUGAUGGGGAUGAAGCAUCGGCAGUUCGCACCAACAGUCCUCUGCAAGUGAAGACUGGCGAGAAGUACUUCUUGGGAGGAUUUUUGAAUCACAUGAACAAUGCCAGUCACUCUGUCCUUCAACCAUCAUUCCAAGGAUGCAUGCAGCUCAUCCAGAUAGAUGAUCAGCUUGUAGAUUUGAAUGAAGUGGCACAGAGGAAGCCAGGAAGCUUUGCAAAUGUCACCAUUGACAUGUGCGCCAUCAUAGACAGAUGUGUGCCCAAUCACUGUGAGCAUGGUGGGAAGUGCUCGCAAACAUGGGACAGCUUCAAAUGCACUUGUGAUGAGACAGGAUACAGCGGGGCCACCUGCCACAACUCCAUCUACGAGCCCUCCUGUGAAGCCUACAAACACCUGGGCCAGACGUCAAAUUACUACUGGAUAGAUCCUGAUGGCAGCGGACCUCUGGGACCUCUGAAGGUUUAUUGCAACAUGACAGAGGACAAGGUGUGGACCAUAGUGUCUCACGACUUACAGAUGCAGACGACAGUGGUAGGCUACAGCCCAGAAAAGUAUUCGGUGACACAGCUCAUCUACAGUGCCUCCAUGGACCAGAUCAGUGCCAUCACCAGCAGCGCUGAAUACUGUGAACAGUAUGUCUCCUACUUCUGCAGGAUGUCCAGGUUGUUGAACACCCCAGAUGGAAGUCCUUACACGUGGUGGGUUGGCAAAGCCAAUGAGAAGCACUACUACUGGGGAGGCUCAGAGCCUGGGAUUCAGAAGUGUGCCUGCGGCAUCGAGCGCAACUGCACAGACCCCAAAUACUACUGCAACUGUGAUGCGGACUACAAGCAGUGGAGGAAGGAUGCUGGCUUCUUAUCCUACAAAGAUCACCUGCCAGUGAGCCAGGUGGUGGUUGGAGAUACUGACCGGCAAGGCUCAGAAGCCAAGCUGAGCGUGGGUCCUCUGCGCUGCCAAGGAGACAGAAAUUAUUGGAACGCUGCCUCCUUCCCAAAUCCUUCAUCCUACCUGCACUUCUCUACCUUCCAAGGAGAAACCAGUGCUGACAUUUCUUUCUAUUUCAAGACGUUAAUCCCUCGAGGAGUGUUUCUGGAAAAUCUGGGGAACACUGACUUCAUCAAACUGGAGCUGAAGUCUGCCACAGAAGUGUCCUUUUCAUUUGAUGUUGGAAACGGGCCAGUGGAGAUUGUGGUCAGGUCACCUUCCCCUCUCAAUGAUGACCAGUGGCAUCGGGUCACCGCAGAGAGGAAUGUCAAGCAGGCCAGUCUCCAGGUGGAUCGCCUGCCCCAGCAGAUCCGAAAGGCCCCAACGGAAGGUCACACCCGCCUGGAACUCUACAGCCAGCUGUUUGUUGGUGGUGCUGGCGGCCAGCAGGGUUUCCUGGGCUGUAUUCGCUCCUUGAGGAUGAAUGGAGUGACCCUUGACUUGGAAGAAAGGGCAAAGGUCACAUCCGGAUUCAAAUCUGGAUGCUCAGGCCACUGCACCAGCUACGGGGCCAACUGUGAAAAUGGAGGCAAAUGCAUCGAGAAAUACCACGGAUAUUCCUGUGACUGCUCUAACACAGCCUAUGAUGGGACAUUCUGCAACAAAGAUGUUGGUGCCUUUUUUGAAGAGGGCAUGUGGCUGCGCUAUAACUUCCAGGCACCGGUGGUCACUGCUAGAGACUCAGGCAGCAAGGCGGAGAAUUCUGCAGAGCAACAGCCCUCGUCUCCAGACCUGGCCCAGGAGCAGAUCCACUUCAGCUUCAGCACCACCAAGGCUCCCUGCAUCCUCCUCUACGUCAGCUCCCUCACCACUGACUUCCUAGCUGUGCUGGUCAAGCCCACAGGAAACUUGCAGAUCCGGUACAACCUGGGAGGAACCAAAGAGCCAUACAAUAUCGAUGUGGACCACAGGAGCAUAGCCAAUGGACAACCCCACAGCGUCAACAUCACCCGGCACGAGAAGACCAUAAUCCUCAAGCUGGACCAUUAUCCCUCCAUGAGUUACCAUCUGCCCAGCUCCUCUGACACGCUAUUCAAUUCUCCCAAGUCGCUCUUCCUUGGAAAAGUUAUAGAAACAGGGAAAAUCGACCAAGAAAUUCACAAGUACAACACCCCAGGCUUCACAGGCUGCCUGUCCAGAGUCCAGUUCAACCACAUCGCCCCCCUCAAAGCAGCCUUGAAACAGACAAACGCCUCAGCCCACGUGCACAUUCAGGGCGAGCUGGUGGAGUCCAACUGUGGGGCCUCCCCACUGACACUGUCCCCCAUGUCUUCGGCCACUGACCCUUGGCACCUCGAUCACUUGGAUUCAGCCAGUGCUGAUUUCCCAUACAACCCAGGACAAGGCCAAGCUAUAAGAAACGGAGUCAACAGGAACUCAGCUAUCAUCGGAGGGGUCAUCGCUGUGGUGAUUUUCACCAUCCUCUGCACCCUGGUCUUCCUCAUCCGGUACAUGUUCCGUCACAAGGGCACCUACCACACCAACGAGGCCAAGGGAGCUGAGUCAGCCGAGAGCGCAGAUGCUGCCAUCAUGAACAACGACCCCAACUUCACAGAGACCAUUGAUGAGAGCAAAAAAGAGUGGCUCAUUUGAGGGGUGGCUUUUUAGCCAUGGGAUAGGGAGGGAGGCUAAGGGAGGAGGGAGAGGGACAAGAGCACCCUGUGUCACACCCCUGAGCACACGCUUACAGUAUCAGCACAAGCUGGGGAAGGCAAGCAACCCAAUAUUCUUAAGACUGAUGGCCACACAAAAAUAUACUUUUUAAUAUUUCUUUAUAGCUGAGUUCCCCCUUCUGUAUUAAAAGAAAAUAAUACAAAAAUGCUUUUAGAGUUUAAGCAACAGUUGGAAUUUGUAGGUAAUAUCUGUCUUAUUUUGUGUGUGUUUAGAGGUCUUCUAAGAUCCCGUGGUAACAGGGCAAGUUUUCUACAUUUUUAAGAGCCCUUAGAAUGUGGGUAUUUUUUCCUCAAGAAAAACUGAUACGCAUCCAUACAGCUUAUGACAUUCUUUUCCUUUUGCACCUAGUGGACAUUUAAUGGGCUAUUGUAGCAAUUAGUUUGUGUCCAGAUAAUAUUUCUUUUGGUGUCCCAUAAAACAGAAAUGAGAAAGAAAAAAUGAGCCAAGAGCCUAUUUGCCAGUCUUCAAGGACACCUGGAUCUAGGCCAGUUUUCUGAUGGUCCCUGUCUGUCAUUAGCUAGUGAAGGAAGAGGAAGCAGCUCCUGUCCUGCAACAAUGUAACCAACACAAGCAUCCAAGAAUCUGGCAAAGAAAGGCAUACUGGGUUUAUUGCUUCUGAUUUCCAUUGACUUCUACAUAAUGAUGUCCCAUGGAUGUAGUCUUAGGCCUUUUUAAUGUCUGUAACUAUCAGCUAUAAAACCAUGGUGAGCAACUGUUACAGGACUUCUCUGUUUUAACUUUAACUUAUCGGACUGUAUGUGUAUACACGCCUCAAUGGGGAAUUAGAGCCAGAGGGAAUGUCUUCUUUGCUGUUUCUUUUAUAUUUAUAAGGAAAAUAUGGACACUUUCUAGUGAAUGCAUAAAUUAGUGUGCUUUUUUUUUAAUUUCUCUCUAAACUUCAAGUUUUUACACCGCUGUGAUAAAAUCCUAGCAGAUAGCACCCUCUUGAUUGCACAAUACAAUAAAGGCAAGUUACAACAGCUGUUACUCUGGAAUCAUGUGGGAAACACUGCCAUACCUCAAACCAACUCAACCGCAGAAACACUGUCAUGAGACAGAGAUCUGUGACAGACACAUCAGAGUGUGCAGUUGCCACAAACCUGAUCAUCAAUCACCACUUCUCUUUAAAAGACUCCAAUUGUCUAGUAGAUUACAUAUCUUA